AUGAAAAUUACAAAAGGCUGGAAAUGGAUAUCUAAUGUGCAUGAAGCUAGCAAAGGAAGAAUUUGGAUUCUCUUGGAUAGUGAUAUCUUCAUAGUCCAAAAAAUUAUAUCAUCAGAGCAAUAUAUUACUUGCUCAAUUGAAUCAAGGGAUGGUAGAUUCUCCAGUAUGUGUACUAUAGUCUAUGCACUAAAUCAAAUAGUUAGCAGGAAAAUUCUUUGGCAUGAUCUUCUGGCAUUUAAGCAUAAUGUUAAUGGUCCCUGGAUAAUUGGUGGGGAUUUUAAUGCAAUUACAGGUUGUGAUGAAAAGAUAGGAGGUAUGCCAGUUUCUGAUGCUGAUACAGAGGACUUUCAGAGUUUUAUCACCACAAGUCAACUAUUGCAUAUAAGAUCAAUUGGAUGUUUUUUUACUUGGAGUAACAAGCAAGAGGCUAAAGAUAGAAUCUGGUCCAGAUUGGAUAGAUGUUUGGUUAAUGUGGAUUGGAUUCAUCUUUAUACAUCUCGUCAAGUGGAGUUCCUCAUGCCUAGCUGCUCUGACCAUUCCCCAACACUGCUAACUAUUGAAGAUGAUGUUAUUGAGGGUAAAAGGCCAUUCAAAUUCUUCAAUAUGUGGGUUAAGCAUCCAGAUUUUAUCUUAACUGUUAAAUCAAUAUGGAAGUUAAACAUUGAAGGCUACAAAUUAUACAGGUUGCACUCAAAACUCAAAAAACUCAAGUAUGCUCUUAAAGAGUUGAAUAAGAAACACUUUAUGAAUAUAAGUGAACAAGUUCUUAGAGUGAAAGAAGAAUUAACUGAUAUUCAAUGGCUGCUAAGUGUGGAUCUUUUCAACCUAGCUUUGAUAGCAAGAGAAAAAGAAUGCAUCACAAAAUAUGAUAGGUUACUAGAUUGUGAAUCCUCUUUCUAUAAGCAAAAAGCCAAUAUUAACUGGAGUUUGGAAGGGGAUAAAGGGUCUAAGUUCUUUCAUUCUAUCAUGAAAAAGAAAACGCAUCUCAACAGAAUUCUGACCCUAUACACUAAAAUAGAUCAAGAAUGA